AUGGAAUCUUCAUCUUCGUCUCAAGUGCGUUACCAAGAAAAUGAUAUGAACCCUUCAUAUUUUUUGUUCUUAAAAAACUUCCAAGGACAAGAUCCAUUUUCCUUUGAAAACCAACAAGACCUAUACGAGGGUGCAACAGGAGCUUAUCAUGAAACAUAUCAAGUAAACCAACAGCAGCAAAACCUAUAUCAGGGAACUUAUAGUCCUUUACAAGUGCAUCAAAGGCAUCAA